AUGGGUAAAGAACAGUUUCGCGAGGCCGAUAAAGCUUUAAAAGUUGUCGGAGUAAAAUUCGCGCCGGGAGAUUGCGAGUUUAUGAGACAGACGGCACAUGUGCCGAUUUUCAACAAUAAACUGUAUGAAGAUGUUGGUGGAAAGCUACAACCAGCUAAUUAUGGUCCACUUGAUCCAAGAAUGGGAGUUUCUACAAAAACUGGAACAUGUGCUACAUGUGGACUUGGAUUGACUGAUUGCGUUGGUCAUUUCGGCUACUUCGAUCUCGAUGUUCCAGUUUUUCACAUUGGAUUCUUUAAGCUCACAAUUCAGUUACUUCAGUGCAUUUGCAAAAAUUGUUCAUCAAUUCUGCUCAAUCCAGAACAACAUCGUGUCUUUUCUCGCCAAGUUAUGAAUCCCAAUAUCGACUAUUUGCACCGAAAAGCUUUACAUAAACGAAUUGUUGCGGCAUGUAAAAAGAGCUCGACUUGCACUCAGUGUGGAUUAAAAAACGGCACCGUGAAGAAAGCCGUUGGAACCGUCUUAAAAAUUGCUUUCGCAAGUCCAGUUCCUGCUGAUGAACUCGGAAAAUAUGCGACAAUGUUCAAUGCUAAUCAAGAAGUCGGCGAUCAUGUUAAGAAAAUGAAGUUUACACUUCUCAAUCCACUUUUUGUACAAAAGUUAUUCGCCAAUGUCAAGCAAGCGGAUAUUCCGGUUCUAAUGGUCCGUUCAGGAGAAGAAAAACACCCAAACGACCUCCUAUUGACUCGCAUGCCUGUGCCACCUGUAUGUAUUCGACCAUCAGUUGUUUCUGAAGUCAAAUCAGGAACCACGGAAGAUGAUGUCACAAUGAAACUGAUGGAGAUUAUGCUGACCAAUGAUGUUCUGAAAAAACACAAACGGGAUGGGGCACCAAGCAAAACUUUGUUUGAAACCUGGGAGCAUCUUCAAAUUCAAUGUGCUCUUUAUAUCAACUCAGAAAUGUCCGGACUUCCUCCAGAUAUGCAACCAAAAAAAGCAAUGCGAUCGUUCACUCAACGUCUUAAAGGAAAACAAGGUCGAUUCCGUGGAAAUCUUUGCGGAAAACGUGUUGAUUUCUCUGGUCGUACUGUUAUUUCACCCGAUCCGAAUCUUCGAAUCGAUCAAGUUGGUGUUCCAAUUCACGUUGCAAUGACAUUGACUUUCCCUGAAAUAGUUAAUGCAUCGAACAUUGAAAAAAUGAGACAACUCGUUAUCAAUGGAAGCGAUAUUCAUCCAGGAGCCAAUUAUCUGGUUGAUAAGAAAACAGGAAACAAGAAGUUGUUGAAAUACGGAAAACGAGAUGAGUUGGCUAAACUUCUACGACUCGGUGAUACUGUGGAACGUCAUCUGGAUGAUAACGACGUUGUUCUGUUCAAUCGUCAGCCUUCUCUUCACAAAAUUUCAAUUAUGAGUCAUCGCGCGAAGGUAAUGCCGGGAAGAACAUUUCGAUUCAAUGAGUGUGCAUGUACACCAUACAAUGCCGAUUUCGACGGAGACGAAAUGAAUUUGCAUUUGCCACAAACAUAUGAAGCGAAAGCUGAAGCAAGUGAGCUCAUGAAUGUGAAGAACAACUUGAUCACACCUCGUUCUGGAGAACCAUUAGUUGCUGCCAUUCAAGAUUUCAUUACUGGAGGAUACUUGCUCACCCACAAAGACACUUUCCUUCCGAGAGCUGAAGUUUAUCGUUUUGCUGCUGCACUCAUUGACGCCUCAGCCAAAAAACAGACAAAAAUAAGAAUUCCACCACCAGCUAUCAGAAAACCAGUGGAACUUUGGACUGGAAAACAGCUCAUCGAACUCAUUAUUCGCCCCGACAAAGGAUCUCAGAUCUCACUAAAUCUUACUGCGAAAAAUAAGUCGUAUUCAGGAAAUUUAGAGCUGUGCUCGAAAGAUUCCUAUGUUAUCAUUCGAAAUUCGGUUCUCCUGGCUGGUGUCCUGGAUAAGUCUCUUCUUGGAUCUUCAUCAAAAGUAAACAUUUUCUAUAUGUUAAUGAGAGAUUACGGAGAAGAUGCAGCUGUUGAUGCAAUGUGGAGGUUAGCACGAAUGGCUCCAGUCUUCCUUUCAAAUCGAGGAUUCUCCAUUGGAAUCGGUGAUGUACGCCCCAGUGAAAGAUUGCUUCAAGAGAAAGGGCAACUGGUUGACACAGGUUACGAACAAUGCGCUCAAUAUAUUCGUGAAUUAGAAGAAGGAAAACUGAAAGCUCAACCAGGUUGCACUGAAGAAGAAACUCUUGAAGCUAUCAUUCUUCGAGAACUUUCUACGAUUCGUGAUCAUGCUGGACAAGUGUGUCUUCGUAAUCUUAGCAAGUAUAAUGCGCCAUUGACUAUGGCUGUAUGUGGUUCGAAGGGUUCUUUUAUCAACAUUUCUCAAAUGAUUGCAUGUGUCGGACAACAGGCUAUUUCUGGACAUCGACCACCGGAUGGAUUCGAAGAGCGAUCUCUUCCUCAUUUCGAGCGAAAAAAGAAGACACCAGAAGCUAAAGGAUUCGUCGCGAACAGUUUCUAUUCAGGACUCACUCCAACUGAAUUCUUCUUCCAUACAAUGGGAGGACGUGAAGGUCUUGUCGAUACUGCUGUAAAGACUGCCGAAACUGGAUACAUGCAAAGACGUCUUGUCAAGUGUUUGGAGGAUCUCUGUGCAUCAUACGACGGCACCGUACGAUCUUCUGUUGGAGAUGUUAUCGAAUUCGUUUUCGGAGAAGAUGGUUUAGAUCCAGCAAUGAUGGAAGCUAAAGAUGGAAGUGUUGUUGAUUUCACUCAUGUAUUGGAGCAUGCGAAGAAUAUUCAGACGAAAAAAGAGACACCGAUCCCAGCUGAUAAACUGGAGGAUGUUCUGAAGAACGAAGUUCAAAAGCAGUUCAAAGGAAAAUAUCCUCACUUUGCUGAGCAACUCAAGGAUUAUCUUCUUCAAACUGAAAUUAGGAAGAGUAAAAAAUGGCAGAAUGGAAAAACUCACUGUUCACAACAUGAGACAGCUGAAGAGAAUAUCAGAGAGAAGUGUGCAAAGUGCAAGAACAUGACUGAAUACAGAUCGUUACUUCUCACUAAUUCGUGUUUGACAAAAACUCAACUUCACAGUUUCAUACAAUUAUGUUACUACAAGGUGGCCAGAGCCAUCACAGAACCAGGAACUGCUGUUGGAGCGAUUGCUGCCACUAGUAUUGGAGAACCAUCGACUCAAAUGACCCUGAAAACUUUCCAUUUCGCCGGUGUUGCUUCUAUGAACAUCACACAGGGAGUUCCCAGAAUUAAGGAAAUUAUCAAUGCGGUCAAGACUAUCUCGACCCCAAUUAUCACUGCAGCAUUGUUGGAUCCAUAUGAUGAAUCAUUGGCAAGACGAGUAAAAGCUAGAAUUGAAAAGACAACUCUUGGAGAAAUCUGUGAUUACAUCGAAGAAGUCUAUCUGCCAGACGACUAUUUCUUGCUCGUUAAACUCAACUCUAAACGUAUCCGCCUACUGCAAUUAGAAGUUUCACUAGAAUCUAUUGCCUUUGCAAUUUCUACAUCGAAAGUUUGUCCGAUGAUGAGAGGAUGCAAGAUUGUUGCUCAUGGAAAGACAAUGAUGGCAAUUAGACCACCUUCAACUAGUAAAUUGAGUAAAACAAUGACAAUGCAAAUGCUCAAAUACUCUCUCGGGAACGUUGUCAUUAAAGGAAUCUCUUCAGUCAAUCGUUGUGUCAUCCACGCUGACGAAAAGAAGGGAGACUUUUAUUCACUUCUUGUUGAAGGAACUGAUUUCCGAUCUGUUCUUUCUUCUGUUGGUGUUGAUCCAAGAAAAACUAAUUUCAAUAAUGCUCUUGUGGUAGCUGAAGUUCUUGGAAUUGAAGCUGCUCGGACAUGCAUUAUCAAUGAAAUUAUUGCCACUAUGGAUGCCCACGGAAUCGGUUUGGAUAGAAGACACGUGAUGCUUCUCGCCGAUGUUAUGACCUAUCGAGGAGAAGUGCUGGGAAUCACUCGAAACGGCCUUGUCAAGAUGAAGGAUUCAGUUCUUCUUCUUGCUUCGUUCGAAAAAACGAUGGAUCAUUUGUUCGAAGCAGCCUUCUUCUCGCAGAGAGAUGUGAUUCACGGCGUUUCUGAGUGCAUCAUUAUGGGAACCCCGAUGACUGUCGGUACUGGAACCUUCAAGUUGAUGCAGAAGCACGAAAAGAAAGCAAUACUCAAACAGAAUUCGCCAAUUUUUCAGCGCCCCGAGACAACUAUCACCCUUUAA